AGCCCCCCAGUCCGCAGCCAUUUUGACUGAAGCCAUUUUGGCUGCAGUUUUGCUGGUUUGGAGCUUCAGUCUUCCGAUCGCAGCCGACCCUCAGCGUAUCGUCUACAGUGAUGGCCCGUGUCCUCGGACUCUUGUGCUUGCUUCAUUCGUUUGCUCCGCUCUUGGCAGAAGAUGGGGCCGUGGUGUUCGUCGUCGAUCCCAGCUGGGACUGCGUGGAGAGCUACGUUGCUCACGUACCUCUACUGCAGAAGUACAAAAUCGUCAAGGUCAUGACACGUCUUGGGACGGCACCCCCGUGCAACAUGGGCCGGGCCGAUAUCUACAGGAAUUUCACGUUCAACUCGGCGACGCCCAACGACUCCGCGGCCGCCGAAGGCAUCUGCCCCGAGUUGCUGAGCUUGGGCGUCCCUGUCAGGGCUGUCAUCCCGACGCACGACCCUGCGGUGUACCUGGCGGACCGGCUCGCGGUUUGUGUCGGGGUGCGGGGGAACCCGUUCGAGGGGCCUCUGGCGAAGGCCAGGCGCGACAAGUGGGUCAUGGGCGAGGCCGUGCGCAAGGCUGGGCUCCGCGCCGUCCACGAGAAGGUUGUCUCCACGUGGGGCGAGGCGAAAGCGUACCUUCAGUCUUUGGAUCCGCCCCUGUCCCCCGCCAACCCCGUCAUCUUCAAGAUCCUCGAGGGCUCCAGCAGCGAGGGCGUGAACAAGGUGUACAGCCUCGGGCAGGCCGAAGCACGGUGGCGGAUAUUCAGCAGCGAUACCAGCGGCGAUAACCACUUUGGAGACAGCAUCAAGAAGCUUCUCAUACAGGAGUUCCUGCAAGGCGACGAGUACGUUAUCGACUCUGUCAGUCGUGACGGAGUGCACAAGGUUGUGACGGUCUGGAACGAAGAGCUUCAUCCAGGGAAUGGCGUCUUGGACUUGUACUAUGGUUUCAAAGCCAUGGACCCAAAGGACCAUAAGAUCCAGGCCAUCAUCGAGUAUGCGAACAAGGUGCUCGAUGCCACUGGUCUUCAGAACGGUGCCUCGGACAUGGAGGUAUUCUGGCUCGAGGAGGAGGGCAGACCCUGCGUCGUGGAUCUGAAUGGCCGCUGGACUGCUCUCAUGUGGCACGACGGCCUGGCCCUCGAGCAGGAGACGGUUGGGAACAACCAGAUCACAGCGACCAUCAACGCGUACCUCGACGGCGAUGCUUUCGAUGACAUGCCGCUCGUUCCGUCUAUGAAGCAGCACGGCGCCAUCCUUUUCACAAUGGCUCGCCAAACGGGCUUUCUCAGGGAUACUCCAGGGCUGGCAGUGGCGAAGAAGUUGCCCUCGUAUUGGGGCAGCUACAACGACGGAAUGUUCGUGGGCACGUUGAUCGACAAGCUCCCCACCAGUCACCCUUGCCUAUUCAUCUUGCUCGCUCACAGGCAGAAGGCCGUGGUGGAUGAAGACUACGACCGCAUCAUCGGCCUGGAGAAUUCGGGCGCUUGGUUUGACAUCGUGCAGUCGCCAGGGAACACGUCGCUCGCAGCGCUGCGAUCAAACGUCGACGGUUUGCCAGGCCAGCGGCUGCCAGCGAUUGCCGCAUUGGCGAUGCUCGCAGCUGCAGCCGUGUUCACCCUCUUCGCAAUGUCGAUGCAGAAGGUCCGAGAUGACACAGAGUAUCUGGCAAUUUGAUGGGCAAUUUUGUUGCGUGAUACGAGGGGCAUGCAGUGGGGGCCCAUUCCAAGAAACACCCUGCUUGCCUCCAGGGGGCCCUUGGUUUCUUGGGUUUCGAUGGUUUUGCUAUGGAGAGCGCGGCGUUCCCACACCACAAAUCAAUUGACGUUCUGGGGUCUCAGGGUUGGGUUUCUUGUGGAAGGGUUCUUGUGGACUGGCCUCCACUGUAAGAGUGAGCCAUCGUAGUUUGUCGCGUCGGGUUGCCGAUCGCGUUUUUGCCUACAGGGGUUCACUCGAGAACAGCUGGUCUGACAAAGGCUGACCCUUCGUCGCGAUCAGCAUUUCUGUUCUGCCUGGGAGCCCGCAUGAGUCUCUGCCACAGUCUACAUGCUGAAGUUUGCGUGUGAGGUUCCCGCAUCAUGGUGCCCUAUUUGUCAGGGCAGGGCCCGGCAUCGAUUCUCAAUAGCACAGACCCUUUCUGGAGACCCCUUUUCUUUUCACACUGUCACCUGAGCCGACAGGUCGGCAGCUGGCGAGGCUCCCCUCGUGCCCGCCCCCUUGUGGGCACGGCUGGCUUCCUCAGACGCAUCAGUCCGAGCAGGGCUUGGCAGCGAUUGCCAGUACAUGGUGGCCUCUUUGGGAGGCUGCCUCAAUUUUCAGGGCGGCCUGGGCAGCUUCCAGCCAGAGCAAGCACGGCAUGCUUGUUGCGCCUACAGUCGGGGCCCUGAAGAAGGAACCCUUUGCGUUGGGGUUCCUUAGGUCAGCGCCCCGAUUGUACCGACUUGUCGAUCCGAGCGCACACGAUGCAUUUGGUGUGGAGCGCCGCUCGGCGCUAGAUGUCGACAUGUCACGAGUUUCCCUGAGCGACGGGGAGGAAUAAAACGA